UUUUAUAUAUUUGGACAGUUUCAUAGAUGCGUAGGAGUGGCUUAAUUGGGAUUAAAAAGGUAUGUUUUUUUUCUCCUUUUAACGCACUUCUUUAUUGGAAUUUUUCUCAAAUCCAGAGUGUUUUCAUCCCCCAAGUCACAGUUAAUUCAUACCAAACUUUCCUUGCCAAAUGCAUACAACUGAGUGAAUCUUUUUUUCUCGUUGUGUGAAGGCAGGCAAAGAGAACAGGGCAUUUUAAGAGGUGCACACUGUCCCACUGAGGAUGUCUCUUUAUGCCAGAUAAGUCUCCCCCAGGGGCCAAAUGGUUCAGCACCCACAGCUGUGAUAACAUCAUGGCAUUGUGGUGUCCCUACUACUCCAAACCAAAACAUUGGGCGGACAGGGAGGUUCCACCAGCUCAAUAUUAUAAGAACUUGAAAACAAAAUGUAUGGCAAAAAAAGUGAGCUCUUGACUGCACUAGGGACAGUGUGCUUUCUACCGCCCAAAUAGCCUACUUGAAAAAACUUGGUUUGAUGAUUGUAAAGAUCAUGUUGCAUCAGCUGGACUGCAUUGAUUUCAGUUUAUCUGAAGGCUGAACGAUGACAUGAUUCAUAAUUAAUACAUGCACAUUGUGUAAUUCCAAAAUGUUGCUGUCAUUUCCUGCUUUAUAAUGCAGUCCAGUCAACAUCCUGUCAGUUAGGGGAAUCCAGAGAGGAUAUGUGCCUCGGCACUCCUCCACAAUUCAGCUUUACUUUGUUCAACCUUCCCCUCUUGGAGGCAGGGAGAGUCUUUCCCUGUGUAAAAUGUGCAGCUUGUUCUCAGAGCCACAAUUUUUUCAUUUUCUGGGAUCAAACUGCAUGGGAUGGUCUCCAUAAAGCUGCUCUGAGCUGUGUUUAGGAGAUUCUGAGUGCCUCCGGGACCAAAUGCAGUGCAUGAUGAGAUCCUUGCAGGACCUAAAGCAGAUAAGCAGACCGAGGCCACUGAGUGAACCAUGCGCUCGGUCCUUCGCUGUGACACGGCUCUGCAAACAGAGGGCACAGCAAGAGCGACUCACUCGUCUACGUGUUUCUGACGCCAGCACAUAUGACUCUGCCUGCUGCCUGGCCAGCACCCUGGAAGAAGAGGAAGAGCAUCAGGAGCAUGAACGGUUGACAAGAGACUCCCCAAGCAGUGAAAAGAGUCUGGACUUUGACUCGGGUUACUCUGAGGCUUCUUGGCACGAUGAAGGUGUGGUGCUGAGGAGGACCAGGAAUGUGCGAGUCUCUUCUUCUGCCUGCCUCCGCACAAACAGAGGACCUUCUGGCCGAAUCCGCCCCAAAUCCACUUCGGACGCUUGCCUGGAGCGCUGGACCUCAUUUGAGGCCAGUGACCCAGAGGACUGGACAACAUUGCUGCUGAGCCGCAGCAGGAACAGACAGCCUCUGGUUCUGGGGGACAACAGCUUUGCUGACCUAAUAAAGAACUGGAUGGACCUACCAGAGUGUCCUGAGCCAGCAGAACUAAAACCCAGUGCGGGCCGGCGUCUUGCCAAAGACAUUUUGAUCAAUAUGCGGCGCAAACUGGCAGGAAUGUCUAAAAGUGUGGAGGUGAGGCCAACAGACUCCACAAGGGUCCGCAGUGCUGCAGAGGCUCCCAAACGGAUGUCCUGUCCUGUGGGACUCCAGGCUCUCAAACCUUUCUUUCACCAGUCCCACACAGGCCUACAUCAACCAGACACUGACUUCUACCAGUUCACCGCUCUCAUGAAGACAGGCAGCCGACAACCCAUCAUAUGCAAUGACAUUAUUGGAUACAUUUAAGUAAGGCUGUAUUCGCAGACUGAGCCUUUAACACUGAAUAAAAUAAGAUGAUUCUAAUUUCCUAAUUCGAUUUUUGUCUACAAUUUUUGUCUGGAAUAAAAGUGUUUUGGAUUUAAU